GCACCUUGUUGAUUAGUCAGUGCCGGGAGCGCUGCUAUGGCGUUCCUCGGACCCGCGGCUCCUCCUUACACUGUGCUCGAGGCGGAGGCUAGGAGGGGGCCGAGGAGGAGGAGGCGGGCGGCCGGCCGUCGCAGCUGCAGAGCCGGGGCCAAGGGAGGCGGAGGCGGAGCGGGAGCCGCCGCAGCCAGCCGGGCCGCCUGCAGUGCUCCGCGGGCUUGAGGGCGCGGGGCGCCAGCCAUGCCUCGGUGUGGCCGCUGAAGACUGGGGCCGGCGUCCCCGCCGCUGAGCCUCGCUGCCCGGGGCUGCCCGCGGCGGGAGUGCGGAGCCGCCCGCCCGCCAGCGGUGGCGCGGGCGCGGGAGCGCGGGGCCCGGAGGAGGCGGGGAAGAUGGACCCGGCGCCCUCGUUGGGCUGCAGCCUCAAGGAUGUGAAGUGGAGCCCAGUGGCGGUGCCGCUCGACCUGCUGGUCAGCACCUACCGGCUGCCCCAGAUCGCGCGGCUGGACAGCGGAGAGUGCGUGGAAGGGCUGCGGGAGAAUGACUACCUGCUGAUCCACUCCUGCCGGCAGUGGACCACCAUCACUGCCCAUAGCCUGGAAGAAGGUCACUAUGUCAUCGGGCCAAAGAUCGAGAUCCCCGUUCAUUACGCAGGACAAUUCAAGCUGCUGGAGCAAGACCGGGAUAUAAAGGAGCCGGUGCAAUAUUUCAACAGUGUGGAGGAAGUGGCCAAAGCAUUUCCUGAGCGUGUGUACGUCAUGGAGGAAAUUACAUUCAACGUGAAGGUUGCGUCAGGUGACUGCAAUGAAGACACUGAAGUUUACAACAUCACCCUGUGUACGGGGGAUGAGCUCACCCUAAUGGGCCAAGCAGAAAUCCUUUACGCGAAGACCUUCAAGGAGAAGUCGCGACUCAACACCAUCUUCAAAAAGAUUGGGAAGCUCAACUCCAUCAGCAAGCUGGGGAAAGGCAAAAUGCCGUGCCUCAUCUGCAUGAAUCACCGGACCAAUGAGAGCAUCAGCCUUCCAUUCCAGUGCAAGGGCAGGUUUAGCACCCGGAGCCCCCUGGAGCUGCAGAUGCAGGAAGGGGAGCACACCAUCCGAAACAUCGUGGAGAAGACCCGGCUCCCCGUGAACGUGACAGUGCCCAGCCCCCCUCCCAGGAACCCCUACGACCUCCACUUCAUCAGGGAGGGACACCGCUACAAGUUUGUGAACAUCCAGACCAAGACAGUGGUGGUCUGCUGCGUGCUGCGAAACAACAAGAUCCUCCCCAUGCACUUCCCUUUGCACUUGACUGUCCCCAAGUUCAGCCUCCCGGAACACCUGGUGAAGGGAGAGGGGUGGCCAGAAACCCUAGUCCAUCACUGGCUUGGUAUCUGCCAAGAGCAGUUUGACAUUGAUGAGUAUUCACGGGCUGUUCGCGAUGUGAAAACGGACUGGAAUGAAGACUGCAAGAGCCCCAAAAAGGGCCGUUGCUCUGGCCACAACCAUUUACCCAGUUCCCUCAGCUACGCCCGCGACGAGCUCACCCAGUCCUUCCACCGGCUCUCAGUCUGUGUGUACGGCAACAAUCUCCACGGCAACAGCGAGGUGAACCUCCAUGGCUGCAGGGACCUUGGGGGAGAGUGGGCCCCUUUUCCUCACGACAUCCUCCCCUAUCAAGACUCUGGCGAUAGUGGGAGUGACUACCUUUUCCCGGAAGCUAAUGAGGAAGCUGGCAUCCCAGGAAAGCCAGAAGUUCCCUAUGAAGAGCUGUGGCUGGAGGAAGGCAAGCCGAGCUGCCAGCCUCUCACACGCUCGCUCAGUGAGAAGAGCAGGUGCGACCCCUUGAGAGGCUCCACGCGAUCCAAAUGUACGACCUCUUCUCUUCCUGCCCCUGCAACCCUGGGAGGCACAGUGAAGUCUUCAGAAAUCGCCCUACCUCCACCUCCAGUGCCUCCCAAAUCUGAAGCUGUCAGGGAAGAAUGCCGGCUCCUCAACGCCCCGCCUGUUCCACCCCGAAGCGCAAAGCCUUUAUCCACAAGUCCCUCAGUCCCUCCUCGCACGAUCAAGCCAGUUCGGCCACAGACUCGCUCCCCCAGCCCCACCCUGUCCUACUAUUCUUCCGGGCUGCAUAACAUCAGCGUCACUCAGAGUGACACAAGUCCUCCUGACAGUGCUCCCGUUUCCUGCUACCCCUGCAACCGAGCGAAGAGGGACUCUGUGGACCCCAAGUCCCCAUUUGGAAGCCCUGCUGCCGAAGCUCUGUCCUCCCGGCUCUCGUGGCCCAACCAUUACUCGGGAGCCUCGGAGAACCAGACAAGGAGUGACUUCCUGCUCGAUCCAAGCAGGAGCUACAGCUACCCCAGACAGAAGACACCCGGCACACCAAAGAGAAACUGCCCAGCCCCCUUUGACUUCGAUGGCUGCGAGCGCCUGGAAGGCCCGCCCAGCACGGCCUCCACAGAGUUCAGCAGCGCUGUCUCCAGUUGCCCCAAGUCGGCCAGCUACUCUCUGGAGAACUCCGAGGACAACUCCCUUGCAGCUGGCAUGACCAAGCAGAGCGUCUCCUGCCCUGCCUUACCCCCAAGGGCCCCAAAGCCAGUGGAACAGAAAGCCACCCCGGAAACAUCUCCUUUGCCUCUGAAAAUUGACGGUGCUGAGGAGGACCCCACAGCAGGGUCGUUGGACCUCUCCGAGGACCAGUAUUUUGUCAAAAAGGGCAUGCAGGACAUCUUCUCUGUCUCUUACCCCUUCUCCUCUCCGCUCCACCUCCAGCUGGCCCCCAGGUCCUGUGGGGACGGUUCCCCGUGGCAGCCACCUGCCGACCUAUCAGGACUCUCCAUAGAGGAAGUGUCCAAGUCCUUACGGUUCAUUGGUUUGUCUGAAGACGUCAUAGCCUUCUUUGUCACGGAGAAGAUCGACGGGAAUCUGCUUGUUCAGUUAACAGAAGAAAUCCUCUCGGAGGAUUUCAAACUAAGCAAACUGCAGGUGAAGAAAAUACUGCAGUUUAUCAAUGGCUGGAGGCCCAAAAUAUAGCCAAAUGGCCCCAGCCGGCAUGAGAUGGAGCUGCGAAACGUGUGCUUAGAAAGGGUGGGCUAGGACACAAAUUCAUGUUUUUUGCACUAAAACAAAACAAAACAAAAAAAAACAAAAACCCUUCUUUGUAAAUAGAGAUAAGAGAAAGUCUUACUAUGCAGAUUCCAUUUCUGAAUGGUGAACAGGCUAUUUUGUACAUCAAUAAAGAUGCUAUACAGAACACUCAUAGGUGUGCCUUGUACGUCACUCAACAUUCAACAGCUGCUAGAAGAACUAAAGUCAUACCCAGAGAACUUGUUUCUAACCCAGUAGGUCUUUGCAAAGGCAUGGUAUUUAUUACAAAACAGCCAAAGCUGAAAGACGCAAACACUCGUGAGCAGUCCGCUUCCUCCGGGAGUCAACGGUCGACAGCUAAUUGUCUUCUGCAGCUUGCUUUGCUUCCUGACAGUUGUUUUACUCUUGUGCCUGACAAUGUUAGUGGUGUGGAAUGACACUUUAAUGAUCCGUGCUUGGUGGAGAUCUUUUUAUCAAAAGGCAUUUUCCAAAUACCAUGUUGUGAUGGAGGAUAUGGCUGAUGUCCUUGGAAAUGACAGAGAUCAUGACCAUUACAUUUGAUCUGUUACCGCUGCUAGUUUUAUUGAGCAGAGAAAAAAAUAAUGGGAAAAAAAGGUAUGUGUGUGUAUGCAAUACACACAGAUAUGUUUAAAUGUAAUUUUUUAAUCUGAUAUUUUAGAUAACAUCUUUUUACUUUCUAAUAUCCAUUGAGAUUUCCAGGCCUUUAACUGAGUGGAUCCUGUCAAGAACAGCUGGCGGAAUGAUUCCAAAGAGUCUCAGAACCUGAGCUUUCCAUCCAUGAAAACUCGGAAGCAAUCAGGAAAGGUUCUGUUGAAUUUAAUGUGGUUUUUAAGCCUGUGGGAGGGCUGAUUCUCACAAAUCCGUGCUGGCAUUUGGGGAAAUGACAGCUACUUUGGAACCAUCAUCCUUUCCUCCCACGUGCCCUGAUGAGAGAUCUGAAAGAAAGCAUUUCCCCACACAUGAGGUCUUCUCAACACGCCCCUUAUGUUAGGAAACCUUGUGACCCAGACACACCACCUCCCUCCAGAGCGUAGACACCAUAUCUCUGCACUGAUUCCUGAAACAUCAAGAGUCCCUGCUAGUUCCAUAGACCAGCUUUUUCUACUCUUCUAAAAAAUAACUAGUAUUAUAAUUACCGUACUCUGAUUCCAAGAUUUCCAAAACGUGUCUAAGAAUUUUGGAUUAAAUACCCCCCUUGCUCUUGACUGUUUGAAGGCAUAUAACCUCAAAGAGUUCCAGUUUUUCUGAGCACCGUAUCCUCCAUACAGUCACGGAGUCUGUCCCCAGAUUCUAAGUUGGCAGACAUCCGGUUAGCAGGAUGCACACCCAAGCCCUGAGGUGAGAAUGUUUGGCCACCGGGAGUCAGUAUAUCCUGAAGGGAUGACCCUAUUUUAUCAUGUCUUCCUCUUCACCCAAAAAGAAAUAACUGUUUAAAGCAAAACCCAGCAGUUCAAGGUUCGCAACUAUAUGAAGUAUGUCAUUAUUUCUUGCCACUAGAGAGCUACUUAAUUCCAUCUUGUGAUCUAGAGUUGAGAUGAAUUGGUACCCAGUCCAAUUUCUCAUCUCUGAUCUCAUUAAUAAGAAGGAACCACUUUUCUCCCUUCCUAACAUAUACCCCAAAUGUAAAUACCACACUGCAAGUGAGAAAAAUAGGUGACUAGAGUGCUACAGGAGUCACUAAUGAGCCUGAAGUUUCUGUACUGCCCUCUCGCACCCAAGACUCAUGAAAAGCCUGUUUCAGGAAGUGGCCCUCUAUGAGGGGAACCAACUCCUUAGAAAGUUAACCUAUCCAGAGAAAAUGGACUUUUCUUCAUGAAGACAGAUCACAGUGGAGACACUGCGGGUCCCCGCCCACGAGUGCUUUCUUUCUUCAGCACUCUGCACUCAGCACUUGGCCGUGAUUCUCAAACUCAGAGGCAAACCCCGGGGCUUGUUUGCAUUUACUGUGAAGGCUGCCCGAUGUGAACAGCUGGCUCCUUUUUGUCUUUUUGCAAGAACCUUGCACAAAGUGAGCUUGUCAACCUUCUUUCCGUUCAUUUGCUUUGGUCCUGGCACCCUCAUGCCAGGUCUGCGCUGACUGGGAUCCUGGAGCCUCCCUUAGAGCAAGGGUUGUUCUUGGGGUCAGGCAUUCACUGUCCAUUCAACGAGUACCUUCUGUGUACCAGACCCAAGGCUGAGAAAAGACCUGACCCCUGCCCUCCUAGAGCUCAACUCAGUUGUCUCAAAAUCACAGUUGCUGACACUGUAAAUCUGUAAGUGUGCAUGAGAGACUGUGACAUUUUCCUGGAAGCUGGAUGUAUGGAGGGUGAUAUGUGUCCUGUCAUGAAGGAGCCCACAGAUGGAAGCAAUGACAGGCUCCUCUAAGACAUACAAGAAACACCCCAAGACACUAACACUUGGAAUACAUUAAAGGAAAAAAAUGCAUCUGUCUCCCACUGUCUCCUAUUUUGUUUUACUGAGUUGGAAUUUUUUAAUGAUAAUCAGCACUGGCAUUUCUAAAAGCCACAAAUAAGUAUAAUUGCCCUUUCUGAGCUGACAGUGUGUGGAGGAUCCUGACUAGACAAGGAAUUCAUAAGCCAGAGAGAAGCGAAGCAGGCUAUAAAGAGCAGAAGGUGGAUACAGCCCUUGCCUUCCGAAUCCCACAGUAGAAUCUCCUCCAACCAGCCGUAUCAAGAUAAUACCUCCUUUUGUGGCAGGUUCCCUACAAUCCAUGUAGGGAACCUGUGUGACCAUGGUACCUGUGGAGAAGUGCUGUCUAAACAGGAUCCUUGGGGGAGUCCUUAAGCUGAUGGCUAAAGCCAUCUUCCUGCCCCUCCACUGUCAGAAAAGAAUGUGUCAGCAAUAAGCCAAGCCAAGCAGCUACAAUGUAAAAUACGAAGUCAAUUCAGAGAGAAAACUCAAGCGUGCGCCACCAGUUCCUUCACAGAAUCUUCCAAACGCCUGCAAGUUCUGUCUUUCAGUUGAACUGCUCAAGUUUAUGAACUGUGAAAUGUCCGCAUAUACUCUCAGCCCACACACAACACCAUUCAAAUUUAUGAAGUUGUAUCAAACUGCCCAUUCGGCUAAAUUGCAGUGUUUAUUCUUGUCCUGCAGAAAUGCCACAACCUUUAUGGGAAAUGUGACAAUCCAUUGCAGCUGAUCAGAUACACACAUAAACACUCAUAUUGCCAAACCACCUGCAUCCAUCCACUUCCUUGUGAGGUUCAGGGGGUGGGGGUGGAUGGAUGCUUCCGUUUUCCUAGGGCUUUGUGUAAUAACUCACUAAGCCUCCUGCCUAACUUCUUGGAAGUACAUAUCCCCAAUAACAAACUAGGAAACAAAUAGUUCUCCAAAGAGUCCAGCAAACUUAGGCUGCAGUCUACCAAAAAAGUUAACAUCUAUUGGUGGACACGUGAGGCUUGAGAAGCAUGGCCAUCAUGUGGAUUUCUGUUGCUUUUCUACAAAUCUGAAAGCUGCUGAGGCAAGAAGAAUUGAAGACCCAGAGAGCACAUGGUGGAAAAGGGCUUUGAUUAUACUGCGGGUUUGUAACGUAGGACUCUUGGGGCCGUAUCGUGUCAAGUCACAUUUCUGAGUUUUCGAGAAGUCUCGAUUUAUGCUUUGCCUCGUUGUGAUAGGCAGAAACAGGUAAACGGGAGUGUGUUUCAAGCUAGGCGCAAACGUCUGUAGUUGUGCCCCUUCGUCCACCUCUGAAGCUAUGCAUUUCGUAGUAAAGCUUAGCAGAUGGUGAGCUCCCUUGGUUUACAGUCUUCUGUAGGACUGGGCUCGGAUAAUUCCCUCGCUACAAACCUGUCCUCCGGUUUUCAUAUUAUGAUCCAUUUGUAAUAUUCUCUCAGCUAAGACUUUAAAAGAAACAAACAAACUCAAGAACCUGGGGAGUUUCCUUCACGUCAAUGGAAGUUGUAUUUUCUAAGAAUUUGGAAGUCUCUGUACAGUUUCCAGGCUGGGAAAAACAGUGGGUUGCUAGCUCCAUGUCGGCAGUUAGCUGUGUUGCUUUCCAGAGAAUUAUUUAAUGGGCCCAAUGUGUACCUCAAGAUAAAUGCAGUAUAUUAUGUCAAAAAAAAAAUCCAUUGUCUGUUGAUUUAAAUGGUUCCGAAAUGUCUAUAAAUAAAGAAAUUUUCAAGGUU